AAACUGGAACACAGGAUGUUCCGCUUAAAUAUGAGAAGAAACUUCUUUGGGUUGAGGGUGGCAGAGCCUGGCCCAGGCUGCCCAGGGGGUUGUGGAGUCUCCUUCUGUGCAGACAUUCCAACCCGCCUGGACACCUUCCUGUGUAACCUCAUCUGGGUGUUCCUGCUGCAUGGGGGGAUUGCACUGGAUGAGCUUUCCAGGUCCCUUCCGAUCCCUGACAUUCUGGGAUUCUGUGGAUCGUCCUCCCCUCAUUUUGCAGCUGCACUCUGCAAGCGGGCAGCCCCGCUGGGGCCGAUGCCCAACGAGGAUAUUGAUGUCAGCAACUUAGAAGCACUGGAAAAAUACCGCAGUUUCAGUCGGUACUUGAGGCUGGCGGAGAAGGAGAGCAGGAAGCCGCACUGGUGGCAGACGGCCCGGCAGCACAGCAGCCCCAAGCCAGAGCCGAAGACCGACAUCAGCUUGCCGCGUGAGAAGUUGCUGCGGGCAAAGGAAAUCAAGGCAAGAAAGAAGAUCCUGAGGGAGAACCGCCAGAAUGCCGAGAUGGAAAGAGCAGCGCGGCUCCGGACUGCGCUGAUCCCCCUCGAUGAGGUCAGAGCUGAGUGGGAGAAGAGCAGCGGCCCGUUCCACAAGCAGCGAGUGGCCGAGCACUGCGGGGUGUUUCGUGACUUAUUCCGAGGGGCCACGUUCACCCCUUGGGUCACCUUGAGGGUGGAGUACAGCCAAGAAGAUGAGCACGUCGUGCCGGUCUACUAUGGGAACAUGGUGACUCCAUCAGAGGCUUCCAGUCCCCCCGCAGUGUCAUACGAGGCAGAUAAAGGCUCCCUGUGGACUUUGUUGCUCACAAAUCCGGAUGGACAUUUAAGAGACACGCACUCCGAGUACCUGCACUGGCUGGUGACGAACAUCCCAGGCAACGACAUCCAGUCGGGUAAGGAGAUCUGCCAUUACCUGCCCCCCUUCCCCGCCAUGGGCACUGGCUACCAUCGCUUCAUCUUCCUGCUCUUCAAGCAAGACCGCCGCGUUGAUUUCAGUGAGGAUGUUCGGCCCACGCCCUGCCACAGCCUCAAGAUGAGAACCUUUAGCACGUUUGACUUCUACAGAAAGCACGAGGAUGCCAUGACCCCGGCAGGGCUGGCGUUUUUCCAGUGCCAGUGGGACAGCUGCGUUUCCUGGGUCUUCCAUCAGCUCCUCAAUAUGAGAGAGCCCGUGUUUGAAUUUGUGCGGCCGCCUGUUUACCAUCCUCCCCAGGUGAAGUUCCCACGCCACCAGCCCCUGAGGUACCUGGACAGGUACCGAGACAGCAAGGAGCCCACCUACGGCAUUUACUAGGGCUGGGCCUCCCCUCGAGGUGCUCAGCUCUGCGCUGGCUGGAAGGGCUGGGCUUAUCCUUCCUUGGAAAAAUCAUUAAAUGAACCCAGAUCAAGUA